UUAUGAAAUAUAUUUUAGAUCGCGACAAAUUUUCCAGCUAUAUUUUGCGACAGUUCUAAAAUCAAGAUGAAAUUGUUUUCGCGCCAUCGGACACACUUUACCUCUUGCAUUUGCAUUCCAGUCUCCGUUUUGUUUGUGUUGUUUGUUUUGUGCAGCGUCCACCGGUCAACAGCAAAUAGCAGAGAAAUCUAUGCUGUAAAAAGCAUCGAACGCGUUCCAACGACGCGCAUAUUUUCACGAUAACGUCAAAUUAAUAGCCCGCAGCUGAAAUGGUAGCACGAACGAGUCGUUGCACUCCCACGGUUUACGGCGAGUAAAGGAUCCCGCUGCGGUUUGUUUUAGAACUCAUGACGGAUCACGCUGUCCAUGAGUCCCAACUAAAUUUUCGAAUGGCUGGCAACCAGCCAGACGUUUUUAUUACGGCCUACGCCAGACAUAACGUUUCCUUCGCUAACUGAACUCGAAGGUAUCGCUAGAACCCCGCGUUGCCAGUCGCUCCUUAAACACGCUCGUCUCGUGCUUUAUGGAAACGACCCGCAGUUCUCGAUGGGUCUCUCUCUCUCCCUCACCCGGGGAUUCCCGUAAACGCAUUUACUUUAAGCUUCACCUCUGCCUAGCCUGGUGUACAAGUCGAGGGAUUUGUGGCUGGCUCGUGUGCCUCUAAAUCAACCCUCGUCUACGUGUAAAGUUUUUAUCGAGCCGCCAUCUUCCUGUACGUUCUUGGGGCGGUGUUUCGCAUUUAGGUAGAUCAGACUUCCUGCGCUCGUUAUAGGUAUCCCUAUCGUAUCGUUUAAUUAUUUCAGCCUGCGCUUCCUCGGAGAUAAUGUUCCCCGGUCUUAUCGCGAGUUGAUCGUGUAACUCGAGCGGCGUAUUAUUCCCGGAAUGUAGGUUGGUCUUCGGCAGGAAUUUUAUAAAAUUCUCCCUAUCUGAUAAGAUUAGAUAUAGAGAUAUUUGUUUCGAAAUCGAUCACGCGUUUCCUACCAUCACACCCGGAAUGACGAUCGACUGUAUUAGAUUGAAUUUGCGAGAGUGUCCAAGUGUUUCCAACGUUUCUCAUUUGUUUUCGUUAUAUCCUCAGCCGUAGAUCGGAUAAUAAUGUAGUUUCGCGCGAUCUUCACGACGGUUGAACCGACGGGUCACGGUUCCCGACGAACGAGAAACGAGAAUGACUAGCAAGAAACAUAGUCGCGUUUGGUGAAGACGUGCUCGACUGACGUGGUCCCGAGCUCCGCGAACGAAGGAACUGGUUAAAGGAGGAGGGUGGUGGUCCGCAAGGGCCACGGCCAUGGGGGAGGCAGCAUGUUCUCCGAGCUGUGCAGGGAGACUCUGCGGAAGGCAGCAGUGUGCUACAGUUCUGGUCGUGCAGGAAGUCCAUCACCAUCGCCACCAACGUCUCCGCCGCCAUCUCCCGCCAAGGAAGCAAAGACUACUGCCAACAUUGACCUGGCAAAUGUCCGUGACGCCUGCCACGAGGCCAGAGAAUCAGGGACCAGCGGCGGCAGGAGAUCGCCGCAGUACCACUCAACGUCGUCAGGAACCUGCACCACGGAGUUCCGUGAUUUCACCGGAAGGAAAUCGCCGAACAGUUCAACCGAAUUCAGGGAGAAGCGUUCAACGGUGGCCGGCGACUUCGGGAAAAGAUUUGGCUACCCCGAGGCGCGGGACGGGAAACGAGGUUCGCUUCCGGCGGACACGAGGGACAGGGACGGAGACAAAAGAUCGGUGUCUCCCGAGAAGGUCGGAGGAGGACGGCAGCGACAGGAGUACGAAGACAACAGGGGAUCAAUCGGAGGAUACGAGUACGGCCGAUCAGAUUCGAGACUCGGUAGACACUCCCCUGGGUCGCCAGGAUCGUCGCCCGAACCAGAGGACAACUCCUCAACUUCUGGCGACGAAGCUGGAGCCGCUUCUGAGGAAACUAACCAAAGGUCCGGUUCUGCACACAAUCGCCACUCUCUCACGAAGGAGCAAACGAUGCACUGGUUCGCCCAAAUCGGAGGUGACGAGGCAUCGACCGAUUCGUCAGAUGUGAAGCGCCGGCAAAGCCUCUACGACGAGGACUCCCUCGACGGUGAUCAUCCUAGCGAGAACGAAGGACGGGAGUCGACGGGAAACGCGAAAGACGUGGACAGGGCGAAGCUCGUCCGUGAGAGACAGAACGAGGAGCGGCAGCGGAAGUUGGAAGAGCUGAGACAGCAGGCACUAGCCGCGCAACGUUUCCGGGAGCAACGGGAAGAAGAACGACGAAGACGCAUCGACGAACUCAGACGAAACCAAGUCGAGGAAAGGAAACGAUUGAUAUGCGAGGCGGAACGAGAGAGAAGAGAGGCGAUCCUCCGGAAGAACCAGGAGAGAGAGGCGCGCAUCGAGGCGAAGAAGAAGAACGAGAGGUCGCACAUCGUGUUCGCGUUCGGAAGUUCAACCCCGCGGAUGUUGGAGCCAGCUGACACCGGCGGUUCCACUUUCUGGGGAACGCGUAGGGCAACCUCCACCACCAACGUGAUGAUGUUCUCGGCCGCCCAGACGUUGACCAGGAGAUCCUCCGAGAGAGAGUUAGAUGGUAGCAAGAAACGAGCCACGUCCGCUGGUGGACUCGACCGGAAACCAGGCGAAGAUAUGAGAAUGUCCUCGUCCAUGUACGAGGUGUUCAAUUGGAAUUCUAGCCCUGAUCCUCCCUUAACCCCCGCCAAACAUAAGAGAGCCAGCCUCUCUCUGCCUCCUACAACUGACAUCUUUGCCAUCGAUGAUAAGUCUGAUAGCGACACUAGGCGUCCGAUGAUUCAACGGGCUGCCAGUGGUGAAGAGAGUGACGGAACACCAGGAACGCCGAGCUCGGUCUAUCUGCGGGUGAACAGGAGACGUACCGACCUGAUGCCGACGAUACCAUCGCCGCGUGACGGGCCACCGUCCUCCGGCCGGAGUUCCAGCGCGAAGGCCUUCGCACGUUCGCCAGGUAGGACUUACUCCAUGUCCAGGCUGGACCAGCUGGCGCAGCCUAGGAAACGUCCGACAGAACUUAGCACGCUGACGGAACAGCAGAGCCAGCCUCUGAGCGCUUCUAGCAUGAGUCGCAGCAUGUCACAUUUAGCUGCGUCCGGAGGCAAGAGCCUAAAACGCUCAGAUAACUCUCGUAGCAUGGGUACGUUGCCGGGCGCGGUCCCGGCGCCGAGACCGACCAGGGCCGAGAGACUGCGUCGCAAAGCCCGCGAGCAUCAGAACCAACAGCAGCAAGGCAUCCGCAGCGGGGAGGUGACACCGAACAGCCCAUCACGACCGCACAGCUCCAUGAGCCAGCAAAGCGCCAGCAGCGUGGGCAGCAGUAACGUCAAUUUACGUCCCCGUACAGCUACCACGCGUCGACCGCGACCUGCUUCUAUUGCCGGUACCGGUGUUUCGGUCACAGAACGACACAAUCUCUUGAGCGACACGAAGUCGUCGAAGGAUUCGAAACCGCCACUGCCAAAGGUCCACAGCACUCCAAAGAAACCGUCUACGCCGAAAGCAUCGGACGUGAAGAAACCGAUGGAGAAGUUGGUGAAAAGCGCGAAGGCUUCGCCGCGGAUAACUCCGAAGGCGACUCCGUUGCAGAGUCCUGGCGCGGAGAACGCGCCCUUGAUUCGCGGCAGCACCAGUGAGAUAAUAAAGAACGAAGCGAAGGAGGAUACAAAAUCGGAUGACAAACAGGAAGAGAAAAAGGAUCAGGGCACCGAGAAAACACAACAGGAGGUAAUCGCCGCGGAUCGCAUUAGUGAAGAACUGAAGAAACCGAUCGAGCAGCCCAAUUCGGUGUCCAAACAAACGAAGGACGAGACCAAUUCGAAUCAGGAAAUCCAGUCGGCUGUGCGGUCCCAAGAAACUCCGAAGACUGCAAAGAAAGAAGCUGAAACCAAGUCCGAGAACAAUACGGAGGAACCGGUCGAUAUGUCAGCGUCGAUGAUAGCGAAAAUCCGGAUCACCACGGAGGAAGAGGCUAAGGCAGCUAUAGCUGAGCGUAGAAGAUUAGCCAGGGAACAAGCUGAACGGGAAGCUGAACUUGAACGCCAGCGACAGGAGGAGGAAGCCCGUUUGGAAGCAGAGAGAUUGCGUGCCGAAGAAGAAGAGCAACGCCGUUUGGAAGAAGAGACGAUACGUUUGGCUAACGAGGCUAAACAAGCCGAAGAAGAGAGAUUGAGACUUGCGAUCGAGGAAGCGAAACGUCGCGAGGAGGAGGACAGAAGAAGAAGAGAAGAGGAAGCUCGCCAGAAACAGGAGAAGGAAGAGGCUGAGCGUAAGGCGAGGGAAGAAGCAGAAAGACAACGGAUUGAAAUGGCGGAACGUCUUAAAAGGGAAGAGGAGGAGAGACUUGCUAGACGUAAACGCGUUGAAGCGAUUAUGCUCAGAACUCGGGGAAAAAAUCAGAGCAACACACCUACGAAGGGUGAAGGCGGCGAUGGCGAUAAAUUGAAAGAAGACAGUCCGAACGAUGAAAAUAAAAUGGCACCAAGCAAAACCGAAGAUGUUAUGACGGCCAGUCUAAUAUCCGAAGCGACUCAACAGUUCAUUAGCGGAGAACAGCGAGCUCAUCAUACGGAAAACAAUACUACUACGGAUAUCGUGCACAACGGCACGCAUAGUAAUGGCAUUAACGAAAGUAAAAUAGUGUUGGAUAAUAAUCAGGGUAAUGUGGAAGAACUGAACGGUCAUCAUACGAAUCACGGAAACGGUAUCAACAGUCAAUCGAUUACACUGGAUAAUGCCACCGUCAAACAAAACAACGUGACCAACAACCUGUUAGACCUAACGGAAUUCGACUCUCUCAGUAAUAGCAGUAGUGGCCCGAUACUCCAGUUGACAUCGAGUUUGGCGAAUGAGGACACCCUAAACUCGAACUUAAACCCAGCAGCUAUACCUUUCACCCCAAUGGCGAACACGUACAUGCCCGCUGCUGCUAACGCCAAUGUAAAUCCGUUCCAGGAUUCUUUCUUGAACAACAAACCGCAACAAGAUAAUAGUCAAGUACCAGAUCUUUUAUCAUAAUGCGUGUAUUAAAACAUUCUGGUGAGAGGAGGAAGAAACGAUUGGAUUGAGAAAUAUACUGAUUGUUGCUUUACACCGUACAAUCCAAUGGGUAUAUUUAACGAUAUUCGAGGGCGAGGUCAUUUUAUGAUAAUGUAAAUAAUAAGCGUUAUAUCGAUGUGUAGAAACGGAGAUCUAAAGUAGAGAAAGAAAUGGGGGCACUACGUCAGAGACAAACUACCCUUGUCCUUAAACGUUGUCACGAGAGAUAAUGUAAAAUAAUAUAUAAUGUUAAUUAAUAAUACUAUGCAAACAGCAAAUAGGCACUCAGUCCGUUAUAGUAUGCUAUUAGAUAAUCUAAUCUUUUUAGAGGUCCUUACAAAGGAAUAAGGCCUGUUUUUGACAUACUGAUUUGGCGACGCGCGUUAUAUAUAUUUUAUUGUAUUCAAUUUCAUUCAAUUUAUUUUAGCAACAGUAAAACGUCUCACAAAAACGUACGAAGAAAAACGAAUUUUAAUCGUGAUAUGGUAUGGAACGUGAUUUUUAAUGAAUUUUGACGAUUUAAAUAUAUUUUAUCAGGUACAAUGGAAUUUUUAUGCGUAAACGAAUGUGUAAAACGGCUUGACAAACAAAUAGCACAAGAUUGUGAAUUGGUCGAAAUAUUUUACGAAACCUACAUAUAAUCUGCCAAAAUGACGUAGGAGAAUAAGCUCCAAUGAUUGUCCUUACAUAAGAAUAUAGUAUAAUAUUACCUAUAGAAUUUGAAUAUAGAAAACGAAUCUAUGUAUAAUCAUAUCUAGUAAGAUUUUCUGCAGAGAUAUGUAUAAAAAAACACACAUUUCUUCCAUAACUACAUUUUUUGGGGCGUGCGCUCACUAGUCAAGCAAUUUUACUAUUUUUUUUUAAUCAUAUUCUUUUCCCUUUUUUUUUAUUAGAAAACUUACCCAAUAUUGGUACUCUAGGUAUCCACUAGAUUUCUCAUUACUAUUACGUUUUCGCGAAUCUAACAUAAAUUUUCUAGCUGUGAUGACGACGAUGACGAGUACGGCGAUUACUUUGUGAAAUAGCCACUGCAUACCUUUACGGUAUAAGAGAUCGAUAAGUAUAUUAGUUUGUUUGUAAAUGAUGUUUUACAAAAUACGAUAUAGAUACCGUUACACGGGAAAGUAAUGAACUUAGCAUAAUUACGAAAAUGGAAAUUCUAGCGAAGAGUCGAAAGUCUUGUCUAACAUUUCGUGAAAAAUCAAACGCAAGAUAAUAAGAUCAUGUUACAUUAUCCAUUAUAGUGGUGGCUAUUCAUUAUAGAGAUAUCAUACUAGUAUACUGAUAGAGUGGAUAAUUUAAAAACAAUUAAUGUUAUCGAACAAACGAUUGUAAUUGGUGUCUAAGAUAUGAGUUAUUUGUUAUUAUUAUUGUGGCAUACUAUUAUAAAAUCAAUAUCAUUAGCAUGCUUUGUGUUUAAACCACUUGCGCAAUCGCAGGUGCAUAAUACUGUUUGACCUAUAUGGUUGUUUAUAAGAAGGGUAAUAAUAAAGCAUAAAUUCAAUAUUCCUGAUUUCCAAGUAGUAGAAAUAAAGAUGAAAAAAAACAAUCAUCGAUAUGCCUGAAGAGAUACCAUCUACCAUCACGAAUUAUGUACUGUUUGUUAUAUCCUUGUCUUUUUUUUUUUUUUAAUCUUUUUAUGUUCGUGCUACAUUUCAUAUUAGAAAUUUCCCUGAUUUUCGCUGCACUCCUGUCACCGAUUUUUUUUUCUCUUACUGUUUAACCGCGCAGCGUUUUUUUUAUAUCGCAUCAUGAUUUUUUAUUCUAUGAAAGAGCUAAUAUUUUACUAAGGAGACAGAAAAAGAAGAGUACGUAUUUUUAUCAAAAAAAUUGUAGCACAUUGCUGUACAGAAUACGAUCUUAGGACAGUCGUUGAUUGCCUAAGCUUCUUAAGCGCGUAGACACGAUAUCGUUGAGGAGAUCUGUAUCAGUUGUACGUAUAGCAAACUCGACUACUCCCCAAGAAUUAUUUUUAAUCGUAUGGUGUUGCUUCCGACAGACAAAGGGAUGCAAUCGCUAUAUAAUAUCGACGUUAUUUAUUCAAACUAUUCUAUUCGGUCUAACUAAAACUACUCUAUAAGGACACGUAAUAAUAACUAUAAUAAUAUUAAUAAUAAUAACUAUAAUAAUAAUAAUAAUAAUAAUAAUAAUAAUCCCAAUACAUACGAACGAAUGUUUCUAAACAUACGAAUACUGAGAGAGAAUGCUAAAUAUCAUCAGUCAUGUCUAAAAAUACUUCGUAUUGUAUAAAUGCUUGUAUGUAAUAAAUACUUAAUAUUGAA